AUGGCGACAUCAACAUCUCCGCCAGCACCUUCUGAGGUCCUAUCUGGUUCAAUUUCACCAGUGGGAGCAUUAGUUUUUGCCUUCUUGCUAAAUCAGGCUUUGGCACUGCAAAAUGGCAUACAAAGGAUUAAUAUGGUAAACCGGCGCAAGAAGGCAAAGCUAAGAUUAUUGUUGCUAGAACAAUUGAAGAGAUAUGGUGCUGCUGGAGUUUUGUCUUAUCGACUACAUAAUACUGUGUAUUAUGUCACCACCUUUUUAUUAGUUUGGUUCCAUUUUUCGCCUGCUCCUGGUAGGAUGGGUUAUGCUGCAACAGUGGAGAGAUUCCUUAAAUUAAUGGCAAUGUUGUGGGCUGGUAGUCAAGUUACUAAAAUUCUUCGCGCAGGAGGAGCCCUUGCACUGGCCCCUCUUGUCGAUAGAGGAGUGAGAUGGUUCACUGUCAAGUUCAAUUUCCAGUCAGAAGGAAAGGCAUUUGCGACGAUUGUAGGAUUAUGCUUUGCGCUUGCUGCGCUCAUGUUCGCCGGGUUAACAGUGCUCUGA